AAAGUGACAACCGGAAGAAGUAUUCUCCUGCCUCCAAAGUCUGUCUUUGACCUCUCGUGUGUUGUGUCUAACCACAGCUCCCAGUCCCGCCAGUAAAGAUGCCCUUCGUCGUCCUGGACAGCAACCUGCCAGCCAGCAGCUUCUCCGAGGAUUUCCUGAAGCGGUUCUGCUCCGUCACCGCGGCGGCGCUGGGGAAACCGGAGGACAGGAUGAACAUGGUGGUGCAUCCAGGGCUGCCGAUGCUGGUGGGCGGCUCCUGCGCUCCGUGUGUUCUGGUGUCGGUGUCGGCCAUCUCUGCGACGGACAGCGGCGAGAAGAACAAGGAGCACAGCACCAAGAUCUUCGGCUUCCUGACCAAAGAACUGAGCCUGGCUGAAGACAGGAUUGUGAUCCAGUUCCUGGAGCUGCAGCCUCACCAGGUGGGGAAGAAAGGAACCGUGAUGAGCUUCCUGUGAAGAACCGGCAGCAGAUGACCUUUAACCUCUGCCCAUUCCAGAAUCCCAACUGGAGAUUUGUACUGUUGAAAUCAUGUCACUGUUUAAAGUGAAGCUGUUAAUUCCAGAAGUAGAAACCGGGUUGGGUCGGUUCUGCUGGAGGAACCCGAGCUAAAGACAGUUUAGUCGUCCCGGUUCCUCUGGAUCGGCUCUGGGAUCGAUUACUCUUCCUGUAGAUGAAAUAAAGACAGAAUGUUGAACAACAA